GAGGGAGAAGACAGCGACGAGAGGGAUGAUGCCGAGGACUCGUGGCGGGCGCUCGCGGCGCUGGUGGAGGACGAGGACGGUGACGAGGAGGGCGAGGAGGACGACUCGGAGGAGUCCGACGACGCGGUCAGGGCCGCGCUCCAAGGGAAGGCGGAGCCUGCCCAGGACGGCGACGAGGAGGCGUCCGACGAGGACGAGGACAGCGAGGAGGAGGAAGUUUCGUCUUUGUUCUCGGACGACGACCUCGAGACUUACGGGGGCUCCGAGCUGGAUCCGCUGGACGUGGAGUGCCAGAGCGACGAGAGCCUCGACGAGGGUCAGUCCGGCGACGAGGUGGCGGUAUCCAAGGGCGGCCUGCUGACAUCCGUGUUUGGUGGUGGCUCGCUGCACUCUCAGGGCCAGUCCUGCGACGAGGUCGCGUUAUCCAAGGGCGGCCUGCUGACAGCCGUGUUUGGUGGUGGCUCGCUGCAUUCUGAGGAGAAGGUGCGCCCAGGGCGCCCGCAGAAGCCGCGGGGUCAGCCGAGCAUCAAGGUGGUCUUCCCCUCGAUGAUCUGGCGGGGGAAGGACUUCCUUGUAGUAAACAAACCCGCCGACUGGAUCUGCUCCGCGAGCGAUGUGGACAAGAAGAAGGGGCGUACUCUGGAUCCGACCCUGAAGGUCAGUGUCAAGGGCUUCAAGGUUCUGGAUGAUCUGCUCCAGUACAAGUUCAGCGAUCGCGAGAAGAAGUGCGCAACCCCGAUUCUUCCAUUGAUGCACGACGGCGACCAGAAGUCCUACCCGAAUCUUUUCGACGAGGAUGGACGAGAACUUCGGGCUCUGCCACCGCCUGGACCGCGAGACGAGCGGUACUGUGCUGGUGGGCCUGACGCGGAUGGCGCGGCAGCAGAUGCGCGAGUGCUUCCACCGGCACUACGUCCGCAAGCUGUGCCCACCACAGGCAUCGUCACGCCGCGGGAGCAGACAGUCGACAGGAACAUAGAGGCGGUCGGCCAGAAGGCAGAGCUCAAGGCGUCUGGGAGGCGUGCCCGAACUCACGUUAAGGUCCUCGCCCACUUCUCGCGGGAGCUCUCGACUGGCGAGUCAGAGGACUACACGCUCUGCACCUGCGAGAUCGCAGAGGGGCGCAUGCACCAGAUCCGCAUCCACAUGUCGGCGGCGCUGGGGGCUCCCAUCGUGUCAGAGUUCUACUAUCAGAGGCCGCGGCAGAUGAUAGAGGAGCUCACCUGGGUUCGGCGCGGAGCGAGGAGGCACCCCUCGCUCGGUGAGGCGGGGGGAUCCCGAGGCGGGGAUUUUCGGUGGAGGGAAGGCUUCUGA